AGGCUACCACAGAUUUUUUUUCAUCUUUGUUUUCUGUUUGGCAAACGGCCGAGCCGGCAGACGCUACGUCACUUCCUCAAGUUAUUUCCAUUUGUUUGUGACAAACGCCAGCAGUCAUCUAGUACUUUUUACACCAAAGAUAACGUUACCGUUUUAUUUUACAAUAUGUCAGGGUGAAAACAGCAUUACCAUUUUUUUCUGUUAACUGCUGUACUCUGAAAUUAUGCAGGAAAUCUAGUGGCUACCAAACGUAUUAGCGUUAGCAAAGACAGGAAAACGUGCGUCCGCGAACAGAAGUAGUUGGCCAGCUAACGUUAGCUAGCUAGUUUAGGUUAAUUGGCUACCUAUUGUUAGCUGCCUUGUUCCCGGUGUCGCUGGUGUUGUAGUGUUGGAUAACGUUAGCUGACUUAUUCACUUGUAAGCUGAUGGAGUGCCCUCAUCUGAACUCAAACGUGUGCUGCGCUGUCGAUUCAUCCAGGUUCCCUAACGGCACUCCGUCCUCCUGGUGUUGCAACGUUUGCAGGUCCAAUAAAAGUCCAUGGAUUUGCCUUACCUGUCAGUUGGUCCAUUGUGGAAGAUAUGUCAAUGGACAUGCAAAGAAGCACUUUGAAGACAGUCAAGUCCUUGGCAUUAGUCAAAGGAAGGGUGAGAAACAGGAGAAAGAGAAAUCCCAUCACUCUGUCUGCAUGGACUGCAGCAACUACAGCGUAUUUUGUUACAGAUGUGAUGAAUUUGUUGUCAAUGACACCAAACCUGGACAAGUGCAGAAGGUGAGGGAACAUCUUCAGAGUUUAGAAAACUCAGCAUUGAUGGGUGACAGACAGAGGAAAAGAAAACUUCAAGAAAGCCCAGCUCCAGACAGCAAAUUGUUAAAAGACAAUGAUGGGGUAGCCUUAGGUGCUACAGGCCUGCGGAACUUGGGCAACACGUGCUUCAUGAAUGCCAUUCUGCAGUCCCUCAGCAACAUCGAGCAGUUCAGCUGUUAUUUCAAGGAGCUGCCUGCAGUAGCUUUACGCAGUGGUAAGACAGCAGGAAGAAGGAUGUACCACACCCGCAGCCAAGGGGACAACAGUGUGUCUUUGGUGGAGGAGUUCAGGAAAACCCUUUGUUCCCUGUGGCAAGGGAGCCAGACAGCCUUCAGUCCAGACUCCUUAUUUUAUGCCAUAUGGAAAAUCAUGCCAAGUUUCAGGGGCUAUCAGCAGCAGGACGCCCAUGAGUUCAUGCGUUACCUGCUGGACCACCUGCACAGGGAGCUCCAGUACAGUCGCAAUGGGGCGUCUCUACAAGUCUCACCUCAGGAUGGGGUCAGACUCUCCACAGCAGAGGGCAAAUGCUGCAUAAAUGGGAAUGCCAGUGUUGUCACAUCAAUUUUUGGUGGAAUACUUCAGAAUGAAGUCAACUGCCUCAUAUGUGGGACAGAAUCUCGGAAGUUUGAUCCAUUUCUUGAUCUGUCUUUGGACAUUCCCAGCCAAUUCAGACAAAAGAGAAGUAAGGACCAGGAGCCAGGGCCAACAUGCACCUUACGUGACUGCCUACGUAGCUUCACUGACCUAGAAGAACUUGAUGAAACUGAGCUGUACUAUUGCCACAAGUGUAAAAAACGACAGAAGUCCACGAAGAAAUUCUGGAUCCAAAAGCUGCCAAAGGUUUUGUGUCUGCACCUGAAAAGGUUCCACUGGACGGCCUUUUUGAGAAACAAGGUUGAUACCUAUGUGGAAUUUCCACUGAAAGGCCUGGACAUGAGGGGGUACUUACUUGAGCCAGAGAACGCAUUACCAGAGAGUUGCCUGUAUGACCUUGUUGCUGUCGUAGUGCAUCAUGGCUCUGGGGUUGGAUCAGGGCAUUAUACAGCAUAUGGCAGCCACAAGGGCGGCUGGUACCACUUCAAUGACAGCACAGUAACUCUGACCAAUGAGGACACAGUGAGGAAAGCCAAGGCCUACAUCCUUUUCUAUGUGGAGAGGACUGUCCAGGUGGCCUCAGACCAGACUGCCACAAACAGCACAGCCACAAACAAACCUGCUGUGGACACGGCAGCCGUGGACGGUGCUUCUUCAGAAGCAGUUGCUCAGGACAUGGCUGCAGCAGACACAGUAGCCACAGACAGCGUUUUGAUGGAUACGUCAGCCAUGGACGAGAAAGCCCCAGAUAGUGCCACCCUGGAAAAUGUGGGCAAAGACAUGGCUGCAAUGGAUGAAGCUGACAUAGCGUCAGUGGAGGCCACAGCAGAUAGGGAUACCUCAGACAAGGCCGCAACAGAGGGAGCUAGCCAAGCUAUACAAACAGUUGCACAAUGAUUGUCUCAGACUUCACCGUCUCAGACCAGCUCCUCACUCCAUUUUGGCUUCACCUCAGCCACAUCUCUCACAGUGCUUGAUUAUGAUAGUUAAUUUUCACGUUUAAUAUGUGCAACUAUUUUGUUUUUAUGACCUGCAUGAAAGCAUCAUGUAUAAUUUGCUGCUUGAUUUUUGUUUUGUAUGACUUUCUGCAUUUAUUUCCUUGAUGUUGUAUUCCUCAGUUGAGGUAGACUUCUCCGUAACCUAAUAGAUUCCAAAGGUGAUCGUUUAAAGUAAUGAAGUAAAGCUUUAGCCUUGGAAAACCUCAGUUGGUCCAAUGUUUAUCCUAGACUGAUGAGAUUCGUUGUGUGAAGACAGUGUGUCAUUGUAACAAUAUUUGGAGUCUUUAUUGUUUUUAAAGUUUCUAAUUUUAUAUUUUCCACCUCUUAAGAACCUCAUAGUUCUCUUUUCCAGGUAUUAGGAGAGAUUUUAGGAUUUAGAAUGCAAUGCAUUUAUUGACUGACAAGUGCUCAUUAGGGCUGUAGAAAGUUGUUUUAACCUCUUGACCAGAACCAAUGUGAAAGAAAUGAUCAUUCUCAAAUUGUUUUGUUUGUCUGUAUCGGUGCUGGAGAAUCUUUUAACAUUUUAUGUUGAUCUGAAAUGGGCUUAGACACGGGCCCCGAUGAAAUUCUCUUUUUAAAAUAUGUAUCAGGCAAAGUGAACAUGACAAAAUACAAAAGGAGAAUCUUUUUUCAAA